AUGGCAUCUGCAGACGGCGGCGCAUACAGUUUCUCCCUUACCACGUUCUCGCCGAGCGGAAAGCUUGUGCAGAUCGAGCAUGCUCUUGCAGCCGUAUCCGCAGGCACGACAAGUCUGGGAAUCAAGGCAACAAACGGCAUCGUGAUUGCUACAGAGAAGAAGUCCUCCUCCAUCCUCAUCGACGACUCUAUGUUGGAGAAGGUUGCCGUGAUCUGUCCGAACAUCGGUCUUGUAUACUCCGGGAUGGGUCCCGACUUUCGCAUACUCGUCGGCAAGGCACGGAAGAGUGCACAGGCUUACUGGAAGAUAUACGGUGAAUAUCCGCCCACUCUGGCUUUGACGCAGGAGAUCGCGACCGUAAUGCAGGAGGCCACUCAGUCCGGUGGUGUCAGGCCAUAUGGCGUUUCAUUACUUGUCUGCGGUUGGGAUGCGACACGGGGACCGAUGCUGUAUCAGGUGGACCCUUCCGGGUCGUUCUGGGCCUGGAAGGCGAGCGCUAUCGGCAAGAAUAUGGUCAAUGCGAAGACAUUCUUGGAGAAACGCUACAACGACGAUAUUGGCCUCGAGGAUGCGAUCCACACCGCACUCCUAACCUUGAAGGAAGGAUUUGAAGGGCAGAUGACCGAGAAGACUAUAGAGAUCGGCGUAGUCACCGUGCCUACAGCUGCUGAACUCGAGGCUGUUGACAGAGGAGGAGGUACGGGACUACCUCGCGCUUUGAUAUUUCCUCUGUCUUAG